UAAUAGGCGGGAAGCUUAAUCGAAAUUGGAGGGAAAAAUCCCUCAAAAUUGAUUUCAUCCCCUCUUAAUUGAAUUCUCACAAUCUUCUCCGAUUCGCUUCUCAACCUCCGUCUCUCUCUGAAUUUUCGAUUUGUAAGCUUCGAAAAUGUUCUCCAACAGUCAAUUCGAGCCGAAUUCCGCUUUCUCCGGCGGCGGAUUCAUGUCUUCUCAGCCUUCUCAGGCCUAUGAAACUUCUUCAUCCACUGCUAAGAGUCGUGACUUUCAGGGUCUUGUCCCUGUGACGGUGAAGCAAAUAGCCGAAGCUUCUCAGUCCGGUGGCGAAAAAUCUGGGAUCGUCAUCAAUGGAAUCGAACUAACAAACGUCUCUCUUGUUGGGUUAGUGUGUGACAAAGAUGUCUCAAAAGUCACAGAAGUUAGAUUCACUCUUGAUGAUGGAACAGGUCGAAUCGACUGUAAAAGAUGGGUGAAUGAAAGUUUCGACGCUAGAGAAAUGGAGUCAGUGCUAGACGGAGCCUAUGUGCGUCUCAAUGGCCAUUUGAAGACUUUUCAGGGGAAAAAGCAGCUACUUGUUUUCUCCGUGAGGCCUAUUACAGACUUCAACGAGGUUACCUUUCACUAUAUUGAGUGUAUACAUUUCUAUUCCAAGAACUCUGAAUCACAGUUGGGACAGCAAGUUGGUGAUGUCACUCAAUCUCACAUGGUUAACUCAUCGGUUACCACUAACCAGACAACCACAUUGAACCCUGUAAUGUCCUCUCAAAACAACGAUGGAAAUGGUCGCAAGAACUUGGAUGAUAUGAUUCUAGACUAUCUAAAGCAACCUGCUUGCACUGAGAGACAACAAGGGAUACACUUGGAUGAAAUUGCCCAGCAAUUGAAGAUCCCAAAGAACAAGCUCGAAGGUGUUAUUCAGUCACUGGAAGGCGAUGGUCUUAUAUACUCGACAAUCGAUGAAUAUCAUUUCAAGCAUGUCGAGCUUUGAUCAUCUAGAGUGCGGUUAAUCAGUAGAUAAGACACAGUUGUAUCGUCUGGUGAUUUGAGAGAUGUUUCAAUAUCCAGAAUCUAGAAUCUGAAAUUUGAAUUUUCUUCUUCUUUUUUUUUGUUAUCACGAUCAAGUAUCAUUCUGAAACCACUCUAGCAACGUAUCUGCUUAUUUUGGUUGAUGCCUGUUAUGUUCUUGGUUGUAGUACUUCAGUUUUUAAUCAUAGUGCGUAUACUUCAUGA